UUGGCGUUCCUUUUGACAACCGAUAGUACUAGAGGGUCUCAUUUCUGGGACUGAUCACAUGACUACCCUACUCAAGAAUCGAUCGAGAUGAAUUGUGCGUCAUCUUACGCUUCCGAAUUUUUCCUUCGGGGGUCUUGUCCAAACGUCUGCAGUGCAAUAGAUGGAACUUGCACAGCCUUCUCCGUGUUGUCCAGUCUUGCUUACGACUGCAAAAAGGAAGCUAUGACCGAUGUGGAAGAUCACAACAACUGUGUUUCGAACCACUGUUUACCAAGUUGCACUUAUUUUGUAUCAGGAUCUGAUUUUUCCACGGUGGCGACUUUUUUGCCACAGACUCCUCCAUGCCAAAUGACGUUUCCCUAUUCCUCUAAUCUGUCUCAAGUUCAGCCAGUGAGAGAUUUAGCGUUUAGGGACUACGGGCUGGAACACCCGGGUAAGUGGCCCUACAGGAGCACUUACGCUGCUUACUAUCCAGAGGACGUUGUGUCAAGAGAACGUUUUCACCCAGCCAGCAGGACUGACACCGUAUUUAAAAACAACGCGGUAUACGGCUACCACCACGCAGCCUCUAACGCUUCAUGUAGUUUUUAUCCCUCUGUGGGAAGGAAUGGCAUCCUGCCUCAAGGAUUUGAUCAGUUUUUCGAGACUGCAUACGGCUCUUCUGGUCAUUCAGAUAACGAUUAUGUGUAUGAGAGGACUGAGCCACGUUUUCGUAGAACCAAAUCCCCUUCAGAUCAGGAGAAAGAAAUGACCGAAAGUGCCGCUGACUCGGAAUCCCCAAAGGGUCCUUCAGAGAAAAGCAGUAACACUGGUACCCCAUCGUCAAGGAAAAAACGGUGUCCUUAUACCAAAUACCAAAUCAGAGAACUUGAAAGAGAAUUUUUCUUCAACGUCUACAUAAACAAAGAAAAACGACUGCAGUUAUCCAGCAUGUUAAACCUCACUGAUCGGCAAGUAAAAAUCUGGUUUCAGAAUCGAAGAAUGAAAGAAAAGAAAAUGAACAGGGACAGGCUUCAUUACUUUAGCGGGAACUCAGUGUACUGAAAGGAGAACUGAUACAGUGUACUGAUGGACUGUACAGAAGGUCGUGUUCUUUAAUGCUGUGCUCAGAUUUCUGCCGUAAGAGACACUGCUUUAACGGUUAUUUGGACUCUAAAUCAGAUCAUAUGUUUAAAAAGUAAAAUAACUGAAAUGUAUACUUACAUACAAACAUACACACACGCACUCACACCCACGCUCACACACCCACACACACGUAUAUGCAUAUAUAUAUUACGUGCGUGUGUCUGUGUGUGUAUAUGCAUAUGUGCACACGCUUGUUACACAGAGAUUCAGGGUUCAGCAUUUGAUGCUAUGAUACUACUACCUCAGAAUUAACAAUACACAUUGACAUAUAAAAUAGCUGAUAUUCUUUUGCAUAUAUUACUCAUGUAUUACACAAUAACAGGUCAUCGAGUUUAUUUUAAUGUCUAUUACUUAUAAAUAUUUACUUUUUAAAUAAAACAUUCUUUUUACCUUUCUGUCAAAAUAAUAUUUAUUUAAUAUCGUUCUGCUUUCAUUUAAUAUUGCUUUCUUUGAGAAUUUUGGUUAAAGGUUUAAGCAAUGUACAGUUGGUGAUGGCUGUAAGUUGUGCAUCUGCAUUCUGGAAGCUAUGCAUGAGGAAACUGUUAAUCCGAUUUAAAACGUUUUACAAAUAAAGCUGUUUACAUAA